AUGGCCUUGGCUGUGGCCGAGAUUCAGAAAUCCCCCGCAGACCUCCAAUAUGUCCAGUAUGAACACCGCCUGGAGGCGCAGUAUCUCCCCGCCAUCAGGGCCCUCAUCUCCAAGGACUUGAGUGAGCCAUACAGCAUCUAUGUAUAUCGAUAUUUCCUCUGCCAGUGGUCGCAUCUCUGCUUCAUGGCCCUGAGCUCAGUUGACCAGUCCCUGGUUGGCGUCAUAGUCUGUAAGCUAGAGGUGCACGCGGCCCACUCGACGCCUACUCGCCGCGGCUACAUUGCCAUGCUGGCCGUCGCGUCGCCCUACCGCGGUCACGGUGUUGCCACGGCCUUAGUCAAGAGGGCUAUCGAGGCCAUGGCCCAGCGAAAGGCCGACGAGAUUGUCCUCGAGACCGAGGAGACCAAUGCCCCCGCUAUGCGGCUGUACGAGCGUCUUGGAUUCCUGCGCUCCAAGAAGUUACAUAGGUACUACCUCAAUGGAAAUAGUGCCUACAGGCUUGUCCUGCUCCUCAAGUCCUUGGACCCCGAGUCUAGACCGGAUCCCUACUCCGGAGAGGUCAUCUAG